AGCAAUUUUACACCAAAAAUACGACAUUGCUAGUGCUAGUGGAAGACCAACGCUCUCGCUUUGUUCUCAAUCAAUGGAGUUCAAGCCGGUCCUAUUUGGUUGGUGCUCCAAAGAGCACCAUGCAAUCUAUCAGGAGUGGUUCAAUUAUGCUGAUUCAGAUAGCGAUGGCCGCAUCACCGCGAGUGAUGCCACCAUGUUUUUAGCCAUGUCCAUUUUGUCUCGCCAAGAUCUUAAGCAGGUGUGGGCUAUUGCAGAUUCAAAGCGACAAGGAUACCUUGGUUUCCAAGAGUUUAUCAUUGCUAUGCAGCUAGUUUCUUUGGCACAAUCUGGGCACCCAGUAACACAUGAUCUGCUGACUAGUGAUGUGGAUUUGAAAAACCUGAAACCACCCACAAUGGGGGGUUUGGAUGCAUUACUAAUUGAGAAAAAGCAUAAGCAAAAAGAUUGGUUUUCUAGGAAGUUAACCAAAAGGGUGCCCCUUUCCUCUGUGACAUCAAUAAUUGAUGGCUUAAAGAAACUCUACAUUCAGAAGUUGAGGCCGUUGGAAGUUACUUACCAUUUUAAUGAUUUUGUAUCUCCAUUACUGACUGAUAGCGAUUUUGAUGCCAAACCAAUGGUUAUGCUUUUGGGUCAGUACUCAACUGGUAAAACAACAUUCAUCAAGCAUCUGCUUAAAAGUAGUUAUCCAGGAGCACAUAUUGGACCCGAGCCUACAACUGAUAGGUUUGUUGUUGUCAUGUCUGGACCUGAUGAGAGAAGUAUUCCUGGAAAUACUGUUGCUGUCCAAGAAGACAUGCCAUUUAGUGGUCUUACAACUUUUGGCUCAGCUUUUUUGUCUAAGUUUGAGUGUUCACAAAUGCCUCAUCCUCUAUUGGAGCACAUUACAUUUUUGGACAGUCCUGGAGUUCUUUCUGGAGAAAAGCAACGGACACAGAGAGCAUAUGAUUUUACGGGUGUAAUAUCUUGGUUUGCUGCUAAGUGUGAUUUGAUACUCCUUUUCUUUGAUCCGCACAAGCUUGAUAUCAGUGAUGAAUUCAGUCGUGUGAUAGCUUCAUUACGGGGGCAUCAUGACAAAAUUCGGGUGGUAUUAAAUAAGGCAGACCAAGUUGGUACUCAACAACUGAUGAGGGUUUAUGGAGCGUUAAUGUGGUCACUUGGGAAGGUGCUGAAUACACCUGAAGUCAUUCGUGUGUAUGUUGGCUCCUUCAACAACAAACCUGUAAAUGAUGCUAUCAGUGGUCCAAUUGGUAAGGAGUUCUUUGAAAAAGAACAGGAAGACCUUCUUUCAGAUCUUAAAGAUAUACCAAGAGUGGCUUGUGAUCGAAGAAUCAAUGAAUUUGUAAAACGAGCCCGAGCAGCCAAGAUACAUGCUUACAUUAUCAGUCAUCUUAAAAAGGAGAUGCCUGUUAUGAUAGGCAAAGCUAAAGCACAACAAAGGCUCAUUGAUAAUUUGUCAGACGAAUUUGGAAAGGUACAAAGGGUGCUCCAUUUACCUCCUGGUGACUUCCCAAAUGUGGAGCAUUUCAGAGAGGUCUUGCGUGAUAAAAAUAUUGACAAGUUUGAGAAAUUGAAACCAAAAUUGAUACAAGCAGUUGAUGACAUGCUAGCUUUUGACAUUCCUAACCUCUUGGAGAAUUUUAGGAAUCCCUAUGAUGAAGGACGGAGUCAGAAAAAAUGGACAAGGAGGGCAAAACUUUAACACGUUAACGGCUAUCUGUUUAUUUGUGUAUAAAUAAAUAUAAAAAAUGUGGUUCUAUUCAUUUUGAAAAGAACAUUCCACUUUGAUUUAAUAUUUAAUCAUCUUUCAACAUUAGUAUAUUAAAUUCACUACUAUCUAUUUGCUAUCCUUAAU